GUUGUGUAGUGACAAAUGCGUAGAAACGAUACACGUAUUAAGAUUCAAAAACACAUUCAAUUUACCUUUAAAGUUAUAGCAAGACUUCGUAAACAUUAAAAAGGAAUGUAAGCCUACAUAAAUAUCACUUUUUAUGUCACGCAUGUGGUGGUCGCGCCGUCGUGACGUAUGGUGCCACGGUUUCCGUUGUUUCUAUGACAACCGCAGAGGCUUCCACACUAACGCAACAGAAAUAAAACAUGGAUGAUUCUCACAGUGCGGAAGAGACGGCUUUUGUGGUGGAUGAAGUCAGCAGUAUUGUUAAAGAGUCUAUCGAAGGAGCCAUUGGAGCAAACAUCUACCAGCAGAACCGUGUGAACGUGUGGACAUCUAAUGUAGUGGAGCAGUGCUUGAGUCAGCUCAGUAAACUUGGCAAGCCUUUCAAAUACAUCGUGACCUGCAUUAUAAUGCAGAAGAAUGGAGCGGGGCUGCAGUCUGCAUCCUCAUGCUUCUGGGAUAACACUACAGACGGUAGAGAACACCUCACCACACAAGCACAUCAUCUGAGAGUGCAGCUGCACCGUCCGAUGGGAGAAUAAAUCCAUCUACUGUAUCGUCAGCGUGUUUGGACUCGCCAUUUAAAACCACUGAACUACAUCAACUGCCCUUACAAUCAGCCUGCCAUCUGUAGUGUCCACACUUUCUUCCUGCCCUACGUUCUUAGUAUUCUAUUAACAAAGUGACCUCAUUUACAAACAGUCUAUAAUAACAACACAUAGAUCCUAUGAAGACCCAGUCUUAAAGAUUUAAUGAACAUUUUGUACAACAUUCUCAUUACAAUGGUGCAGCUGAGAGAAAGCUUGUCUCCUUUUGUGUUUGUGCAUUUGAACUGAGCUCAGCCAGGUCUGGAAAUGAUGUUAUAAACAAAGGCACAAAUAACUGGACAUCUGGAAUCAUGGGUAACUCUGACCGACAGAAAUGACACUGUAAAAAUGAAGUGGUAUUAUUAGGAUCUAGCAGCUCAUUUGAAGACAAAUAUGUCACUGUGCGUAAAAUGAAUCAAACAUUGUUCUCUUUAAACGUGAACUACAGUUCACAAGCAGCUGUGCUGUAUCAUGACCUCAUGUUCAGACAAUGACAAUAAAAAAGAAACACAA